AAGCACAGGCAGGGAAUCAGCGUACUUGGACUGUGGUGUUUGUGUUGACCUAGGUUCUUGUGUUGAAUUCAUCGCAUCAUGAAGACACUUGCUCUCAUCGCGUUGGCUGUAGUCUUGCUCACAGCUUUGGUGCUGGAGACAGCGGCUUGGGAAGAUGAAGACAAUGCGCUGACUGAUGAAGAGUGGAUGGAGGCAUUGGACGAAGUAUCGGUCUCUGGCGCCGGUUGCGAUUGCUCAAAUUCAAAGUGCAAGUGUUGUAUUGGAUUCAAAGUCUUCGGGCAAAAGAUCAACGCUUGUGGUACGACUGAAAUCACCACCAGCUUCGUCAAGGUUUCUCUGAAGUUCCUGGGUAGCACCGUCGCCAGUGUGUCAUUCUCAAUCGAUGACAACGAUUACGAAGCGUGUGGCAAGAAGAGUGGUAUCAAGGUUUGUCUGUCACUGGUUGACGUGGUCAAGACCUCCAGCUCCUUCUCAGCUAAAACCAAGAUCAAGGUGAAAGGAAUCGGCAGCAAGAAGUCUGAUAGAUUCACCAUACCUUUAAUUUAGCUCGGAACCAGGCCUACUACCAACAAGCCGUUACGUGAUGACGAUGUUAAUUUUGCGUACAUUUCACUUGUAGUUGAUGUUUUAGUGUAGAUGUAAACUUAUCUGGAUUACAUUUUAAAAAAGCCUGCUUCCAUCAAAACCAUCCUCACGGAACAGACUGAUACAUAAUAACGUCAUUUUUGUUUGUUUACGCGUGCGUUUUCUCGUCUCCACCUGGUUGCCGUAGAAAAGCGCUAGUCUAUACACAGGGUGAUGUCAUCAUGUUUCAUGCCUAUUUAUUACAAUAUUUGUUACAAUCUUUCUGAUUCAGAAACACUAACGCCGCUGUAGAGGGCACUACAUCGUAAAAGCAGUUUAUGUUUAACAAUAUGUUGAUAGAAACGUAUCACGGUAUCAAAAUUUUCAAAACAUAGAUAGUGUAAACUUCAAUUUACCAAACAGUCAAAUUUAAAAUGUUAGAAUAAUACAUAAUAUGGAAAUCAAGCUUGUAUUCAGAUCACCCUCGUGGUUGUAACGAAUGACGGUUGGAAUAAAUAAUACAUGCUUAUAUUAGAAGAAACACGAUGGUGCUGUGGAAUCAUAAAUUAAAUACUGGCAAUUAUUUUAAGAUUAGAAGA